AUGAACACGCUUCAAGACAAAAGCCGGAUAUACAGGGCUUUCCAAAAGGGAGGUCCAACGUUUGGUGGAUGGCAGAUGCUCCCUGGAACUAACCACUCCCGAGCAAUCGCCCGCUCAGGCGUCGACUGGAUAUGCGUAGAUACCGAACAUGGCAACAUCAAUGAUUCGCAGAUGCACGAAGCUGUCACGGCAAUAGCCCACGCCGGCGUCUCCCCCCUCGUCCGCAUCGCCGCAAAUGAAGCGUGGAUGGUAAAGCGCGCCCUUGAUGCCGGCGCACACGGCGUCGUCGUGCCUCUAAUCUACACAGUCGACGAUGCCAAACGCCUCGUUUCGUCGACUAAAUUCCCGCCACAGGGGACGCGAGGAUUCGGUUCGCCGCUCUCGGUUCAAUGCUUCAAUAACGAAUCUAUGACAUACUACCUACAGCACGCCAACGAGUUACGUGUUCCCAUCCCUCCCUCAAGUCCCAAACAUGGAGGAGAGACGGCGUCUGCUUUGCAACAUGUUCGUGAAAUUGCCGCCAUCCCGGGUGUGGACUGUUUGUUGAUCGGGCCGUUUGAUCUGGGAAAUAACAUUGGUCAUCCGAUUUUGACUUCCAGACUCGACCCGGAGUUGGAGGAGGCGAUUGAGAAGAUCAAGGAUGCGGCGCAUGCGGAGGGGAAGAAGGUCGCCAUGUACUGUAAUAGCGGAGAGGAUGCGAGGAGAUAUGCAGAUCGGGGCUUUGAUAUGAUUAGCAUACUGACGGAUCAGAUGGGUAUUAUAGGAGCAUUCAAACAGAGUUUGAGCGUCGCUACUGGGGCGGUGGAGGGGAGCGGCGAUACGAGUGUCAAGGGAUACGAUGGGAAGUAA